UGUUUGGUCUACUGAUUAUAAAAAAAAUUCGAAUGGUAGAACUUAUUACCUCGAAUUUUUUAUUUUAGUAAACCAUACUGUCUAUUAAAACAAAUAAAAACAUAAAUAUUAACUUAAAGUAGCAAUAUGGCUGGAAAUUUUUGGCAAAGUUCACAUCACCAACAAUGGAUAUUAGACAAACAAGAUUUAAUUCGAGAAAGACAACACGAUUUAUCAAUUCUUAAUGAAGAAGAAUAUCAAAAAAUAUUUAUUUUUUUUGCCAAUUUGAUACAAAUUUUGGGAGAACAAUUGAAACUACGACAACAAGUUAUUGCCACGGCGACUGUAUAUUUUAAAAGAUUUUAUGCAAGAAAUUCGUUAAAAUGUAUAGAUCCACUUUUGUUAGCACCUACAUGUAUAUUCUUAGCUUCAAAAGUUGAAGAAUUUGGUGUUAUAUCUAAUUCAAGACUGAUUACAACAUGUCAGAAUGUUUUAAAAAAUAAAUUCAGUUACGCUUAUAAUCAACAAGAAUUUCCAUAUCGUACAAAUCAUAUACUAGAAUGUGAAUUUUAUUUAUUGGAAAAUUUAGAUUGCUGUCUAAUUGUAUAUCAACCAUAUAGACCUUUAUUACAAUUAAUACAAGAUAUUGGACACGAAGAACAAUUAUUAUCAUUAGCUUGGAGGAUUGUGAAUGAUUCACUGCGUACUGAUGUUUGUCUAUUGUAUCCACCGUAUCAAAUUGCAAUUGGAUGCUUACAAAUUGCUUGUGUAAUAUCACAAAAAGAUCAUAAAGGUUGGUUUGCAGAAUUGAAUGUUGAUAUUGAGAAAAUACAAGAAAUAGCUAGGUAUAUUAUAAAUUUAUUUGAAUUAUGGAAAACUUAUGAUGAAAAAAAAGAAAUUCAAAGUCUAUUAGCGAAGAUGCCAAAACCGAAACCAUCACCACAAAGAUGAGAAUUAAUUAACAUGAAUCAUUUCGAUUGAUUCUUAUUAGAAUUUCAAUUUUAUAUUCAAAUUAAGGAGAUCCACGUAGAAUAACCAGUCAUUUAAUCAAACUUGCUAAAAAUUUGUAAACUAAUUCUACGUUAUUUAAUGAUUAAUAAAAAAAAAUUAAAAAACAGUAGGUUUCUCAGAUUUUUAAUGAAAAAAUUAGUUUUGAAAAUUUGAAAUUUUACAUGUAAAUGGGGAUCAAUCCAGUUGUGUCUUUUAAUAUCAUACAGUAUGUCAACAAAUUUGACAAGCCCGUACUAUGUCACGUCCGUAUAAAAAUUUGAAUUUCCGUUUUAUAAAUUUUUAA